GAGGCGGCCGGACCGCAGUGGAGAGUCGGAGGCGGCGGGACGCGGGAGCUGUGGCGAGGCGGCCUCUUCCCUCCGCGGUCGCCCCACGCCCUGCCCCGGACGCUCCGGGUAGCGAGUGGGUCCUCUCCCCUUUGCCCCCGCAGGAGUCGCAGGCGCAGCAGCGACGGCCCAGCGAAGGACGCGGCGCCCGCUCCCCAGGCUAAGGCGCCACCGCCGCGACCUUCCAGCGGCGGGAUGUCGGUGGUGGGCAUUGACCUCGGCUUCCUCAACUGCUACGUGGCCGUGGCGCGCAGCGGCGGCAUCGAGACCAUCGCCAACGAGUACAGCGACAGGUGUACCCCGGCCUGUAUAUCUUUGGGAUCAAGAACUCGAGCCAUUGGAAAUGCAGCUAAGAGCCAGAUAGUCACAAAUGUAAGAAAUACAAUUCAUGGCUUCAAAAAACUUCACGGGCGAUCAUUUGAUGAUCCCAUUGUGCAAACUGAAAGAGUCAGGCUUCCUUAUGAACUGCAGAAGAUGCCCAAUGGAAGUGCAGGAAUUAAGGUGCGGUAUCUAGAAGAAGACAGACCUUUUGCAAUUGAGCAAGUUACUGGAAUGCUGUUGGCCAAGCUUAAAGAAACUUCAGAAAAUGCCCUGAAGAAACCAGUGGCUGACUGUGUGAUUUCAAUUCCUAGCUUUUUCACUGAUGCUGAGAGAAGAUCUGUGAUGGCUGCAGCUCAGGUUGCAGGCUUAAAUUGUUUAAGGUUGAUGAAUGAAACUACUGCAGUUGCACUAGCAUAUGGAAUUUAUAAACAGGAUCUUCCCCCGUUAGAUGAGAAACCAAGAAAUGUAGUAUUUAUUGAUAUGGGACAUUCUGCCUAUCAGGUCUCGGUUUGUGCUUUUAACAAAGGAAAACUUAAAGUCUUGGCUACUACCUUUGACCCAUAUUUGGGUGGCAGGAACUUUGAUGAGGCCUUAGUAGACUACUUCUGCGAUGAGUUCAAGACCAAAUAUAAGAUAAAUGUAAAAGAAAACUCUCGGGCCUUGUUACGUUUGUAUCAGGAAUGCGAAAAACUCAAGAAGCUAAUGAGUGCAAAUGCAUCCGAUCUUCCACUAAACAUUGAGUGUUUCAUGAAUGACCUUGAUGUUUCUAGUAAAAUGAACAGGGCUCAAUUUGAACAAUUGUGUGCUUCCCUCUUUGCCAGGGUUGAACCACCUUUAAAAGCAGUUAUGGAACAAGCUAACUUACAACGGGAAGACAUAAGUAGUAUAGAAAUUGUAGGAGGAGCAACACGGAUUCCUGCAGUGAAGGAACAGAUCACGAAGUUCUUCCUUAAGGACAUCAGCACCACCCUAAAUGCUGAUGAAGCUGUUGCAAGAGGAUGUGCAUUGCAGUGUGCAAUUCUGUCACCAGCAUUCAAAGUGCGUGAAUUUUCUAUAACAGACCUGGUUCCCUAUUCAAUUACAUUAAGAUGGAAGACCUCUUUUGAAGACGGAACUGGGGAAUGUGAAGUAUUUUGUAAGAACCAUCCUGCCCCAUUCUCAAAAGUCAUUACUUUUCACAAGAAGGAACCAUUUGAUCUAGAAGCAUUUUAUACUAAUUUGCAUGAAGUGCCUUAUCCUGAUCCAAGAAUUGGGAGCUUCACUAUUCAGAAUGUUUUUCCACAGUCUGAUGGUGAUAGUUCCAAAGUGAAAGUUAAAGUUCGGGUUAACAUCCAUGGAAUCUUCAGUGUGGCUAGUGCAUCAGUAAUUGAGAAGCAGAAUGUGGAAGGGGAUCACAGUGAUUCUCCUAUGGAAACAGAAGCUACAUUUAAGAAUGAAAAUAAAGAUGAUGUGGAUAAAAUGCAGGUUGACCAAGAAGAAGGAGUUCAUCAAAAAGUUCAUGCUGAACAUACCCCAGAAGAGGAAAUUGAUCAUACAGGAGCCAAAACAAAGACAGCACCCUCAGAAAAACAAGAACGAUUAAAUCAGACCAUUAAAAAGGGAAAAGUCAAGAGUGUUGAUCUACCUAUCCAGAGUACCCUAUGUAGACAGCUGGGCCAAGAUCUUCUCAACAGCUACAUUGAAAAUGAGGGGAAGAUGAUAAUGCAGGAUAAGUUAGAGAAAGAAAGAAACGAUGCUAAGAAUGCAGUCGAAGAAUAUGUAUAUGAUUUUAGAGACAGACUGGGCACUGUCUACGAAAAAUUCAUCACUCCAGAAGACAUGAGUAAACUGUCUUCAAUACUGGAGGACACAGAAAAUUGGCUUUAUGAAGAAGGAGAGGACCAACCUAAACAAGUUUAUGUGGAUAAGCUUCAAGAACUAAAGAAGUAUGGCCAGCCUAUUCAAAUGAGGUACAUGGAACAUGAAGAGAGACCAAAAGCUUUAAAUGACUUGGGAAAAAAGAUUCAACUUGUCAUGAAAGUGAUAGAAGCCUAUAGAAACAAGGAUGAAAGAUACGAUCAUUUGGAUCCUGCUGAAAUGGAAAAAGUUGAAAAAUAUAUCAGCGAUGCCAUGAUUUGGCUGAACACUAAGAUGAAUGCACAGAAUAAAUUAAGUCUCACUCAAGAACCUGUGGUUAAAGUUUCGGAAAUUGUUGCGAAGUCUAAGGAGCUAGAUAAUUUCUGUAACCCCAUCAUUUACAAACCCAAAGUAGAAGUGGCUGAAGACAAAACAAAAGCUAAUAGUGAACAUAACGGACCAAUGGAUGGACAGAGUGGAACGGAAACUAAACCAGAUGCAACAAAAGACAGCACACAGCAUACUAAAUCAUCUGGGGAGAUGGAAGUGGACUAAGUCUUAAUUUUACCUUCAUAUAAUUCAAAUAGCAAAUAGUGCAAGUAACCACAGGGUCCAUUCAUCUUUUACAUCUGGCACACAAAACAGAUGUUCCAUUGUUCUUAACUACUUUGUCAUUUGUUUUUUGAAGUAGUUUUGCAAAGUGAGUGCACCUGUCAUUUCAUUACUGCUUAUGUGAAGCUUCAGCUGAAUAUAGAUGUACAAGUCAGUUUUAGCUUUCCUGAUGUAGUUUAUAUCAAACAUGCAGAAUUGGUAUGUAAUUGGCAAUAGUCUACCUAAACCUCACUUCCUUUAUUCAGGAAAGGAUACCGUAUUGCACUAUUGUUGCAGAAGCAUAGAUUUAACUGCAUUGUAAUUUUGAAAAGCAAAAGUUGAUGUGGUUUAAAGCCACUGAGGGUACGGGCCUUUUUCUAGUUAUUGUAUUGUUAUAAUUUAAAUAUUAAAACAAAUAAGAGGUUUCUGAACAAAUUAGUCCAUCUCAUUGGUAUACCACAAGAACUCAAUUUUGUUGUCAUCACAUAAAUGAACUAAGUCACAUGUGGAAAGAGAAAAUGCACAAUUUUAUGUUAAACUGACACCAGCAGUUUGCCUCUUUAGUUAGUAAUGUGCAUUGAUGUUUUCUUAGAAUCUCUUCUUUCACUUGAAACUGUUGAUUUACUUGUCCUGAAGACGAGCUGCUGCUGAAAUAAUGCUAGCUUAAAAGAGAAGCCUUUUUGAUGAAAUUACAUCAUGGGGAAAAUGCUGUUGACCUACUCAGACAUGCAUCUGUGAUGUUGGUACCUCAUUUCAGUUUUAAUAGUUGUGUUGGUUUUCUUAAUUGAUUUUGUUCAUAUCUUAACACAGGGUAGGGAGAAAUGGCACAAUGCAUUGCACAAUAUUAUCAUUGAUUUACUGAAUGUUACAAUAUAAACACUAUUAAAUAAGCAGUAAUACUGAAAAGGAGCACUUGUACCAUAAGACUUAGGAAAUAAUGCUUGUAAUAAACUUAACUGUGUUACAUAUCAAUAGGCAAAAUAUAUAAUGUUACAUAGUGUGAUAUGAUGUGAUUAAAUUAUAGUUCCUGCUGUUAAAUUAACUUUUGAAACCUUGGCUCCAGUUUUGGUGCUUCUUAAUUAAAUGGGAGAAGGGACAGUAAAUUUAGUAUCAUCACCAGAUUUGUUCACAUCAUUCAAUUCUGUCCAGGGUCUUCAAACUGUCUAUGGAAAAAGACUGAAGUCAUAUGUCAGCCUACAAGGGAAAGCACAGAUAAAUGCAUGGGCCUUUGUGUUCUUAAUGCCAGUCAACUAGAUUAACUUACAUUGAUAUUUUGAAAGACUAAUUUUAUCCCAAAUCUAAGUUAAAUAUAUCCCAAAAUUAAUGUUUGUAGUAGUAACAGAAAUAGUAUUAAGUUAGUAAAAAUUGAGACUAUAAUAUCUUUAGGGAUAGUCAGUAUUUCUCAGAACUAGUUCUCUAAGAUAGAGAUUUUGUUUCUACAAUGUAGUUUCCACUGAAAGAGUACAUACAGAGUAGUAUAUCUUGCAGAUUUUUAAAUUCUGCCUUUUUGCAGGAAAAGUCCUCUUUUUUGCAUUAAGCCAUACUGUCUCAAUAUAGUUUUUAAUAUCUGCAUUUUUCUUUUUAAUACUUUUAAAAUGAAAUGAUAUCUUAAAGUGACGAAAUAUAUUUUUAAAGCACGUAUCAGUUGCUUUUCAUUUGUAUGGAAAUAUAUACAUUCAUUUCAGAAAAAGCAUGACUGUAAAAGGGGAUAUAUAACAGUACAAAAGAUAAAUAAUUAUUAGUGUGUUUAGAGUAUGGUUUUGAAUAGUGUAUAGUUCACUCUAAUUUAGUCUGAAUUGCAGUAUGCAAUAAUCAUAAAAAAUUUUUUUUCAAACUAAAAGUCUCUCUUAGAAGUUAUUUUGAUGCAUAGCAAAACAAUGUUAUCUCAUGUAGUAAGCAAAUAAGUAUGCAGGGAAAUAAAGAUAUAGAUUACCUUAUAGUACAAAUUUUUUGUCUCUGAGAAACCAGCUCUUAAUAUAGGCAAGUUGUACCAUGAUUAUAAAAUUGAAGGUGGUUGUAGAAAUAACAAACUUUGUGAUAUUUUUACUUCAUUAGUAAUAGACUUUUUAAUUUAUUAAAAAACACCCCCAAAAUGCAGAUGACAGAAUUGAGCUAUUGGAAUAACAGAUCCUAGUUUUUAAAUUGUAGUAAGUGAUCUACAAAAAGCAAGAGGAGUGUUGUAUAUACCAAAUGAACAUUUUAAAAAUAAAAAACACAAGAGAAGCCGGGACAUGGUGGCACAUGGCCUGUAAUCCCAGCAGCUUGGGAGGUUGAGGCAGGAGGAUUGUGACUUCAAAGCCACCCUCAGCAACUUAGACCCUGUCUCUAAACACAAUAUAAAAAUGGGAUGGAGAUGUGGCUCUAUUUAAGUAUCCCUGGUUUCAAUCCCCAGGACCAAAACCAAAAAACAAACUGAAGAUUCUUAGAUUUUGGGGUGAGGGUAGAGGACAUUUUUAGUAUUACGGUUAUUUCCUUGAUGCCUUUAAAGUGAAUUAGGGAGCUCAGUAAUCAUCGUGACAGGGUCAAGAAUUUUAUCAAAAUGAACACGUUUUAAUUUUUGCAAAAUCCAUAUGAAAGGCAUUGAAUUUAGCUAAUUUUGACCCAAAGUAGAUAGAACCAUCCCUCCAUUUUUAUAAAUUUGAAAUGUAAUGAUAAAAUGUUUUAAAUAGAAUUUGGUAGUCCACAAUUAAAGCCUUUCCACUGAUUUUACCUAUUAUAAGGCUGAGGUAUAACUCAGUGGUAGAGCACUUCCCUUGCACAAAGCCCUUGACAUCUCCAGCACAGCAAAGAAAAAACUUACACAGGGCAGAUCUCAUUGUGAUGUACUUUUCUAUUAUUGAUUUGAUUCUGUUUUGCAGUUACUAGCCUAUAAUUUUGAAAUUUUCCUUUGCUUUGGCAGUGCUGGAGAUAACCCAGGGCCUUCCAUGUGCUAGACACAAGUGUUCACUACUGAGCUACAUACCCAGCCCCUUCAUAGAAGAUUUAGAAGUGAUUGUAAUUUUUGCAGGGGAUUGGAAUCCAUGGGUGCUAUACCACUGAGCUACAUCCCUUACUCACAAACUUUGUUGAGUCUGACUAAAAGUUGCCGAAACUUGUGAUCCUCCUGCCUUUGCCUCCUGAGUCACUGGGAUUAUAGGUGUGAAGCCAGGGCACCCCAUUUAGAAGUCAUUCUCAAAUGAUCAGAAAAAAUAGUUUUCUUGGUUUUUAGAGUUUUAGAUUAAAAUUCAUUUUUAUAAUAAAUGUUAUUUUGUGGUUAAGCAAGGCCCCUGGGUUUCAACUGCAGCAAUGAAGGAAAGGAAAAGAAAGGGAAAUCUUUCCUUUUGUUUUUUUUUUUUUUUAAAGGAAAUUUUUGAAGUAGAAUUUAGCUUUGUAAAAAUGAAUGACAUAGGUAAUUGUUGUGCUAUAUCAAUAAUUAUUUGAAAUCUUGUGGCAUUAAUUAAAAGUAAGCCACUGAGUUUUCAAGUAAAAAGAGGUUUAUAAAGUUUAGUUCUAUUAAUAAUAAUAAUAAUAAAGAUCAGUUUAUUUAGCAAACUAAUCUUAUUAAAUCAGUACAUUGCAGAAGAUGGACUUUUUGACUAAAAAAUACCAAAUUAAACAUUUCUCUUUUUUUUUCUUUUAGUUGUUAGACCUUUAUUUUAUUUAUUUGUAUGUGGUGCUGAGAAUCGAACCCAGUACUUCACCCAUAUGAGGCAAGCACUCUUCCACUGAGCCAUAACUCCAGCCCCUCUUUGGUUUUUAUCAAAGUAUGAUUUUAUCCAAGAUUUUGAAAUAAUUCCCAGGAAGCGUAUUGAUUUUCUUUUCACUAAAAAGUAAGGUUAAUUCAACUCGAAGACCAUCACUCUAAAUAAAAUGAGAAAUUUCACCUAUUUAACGAUUAUUUGUUUUAAAAUGCCCUAAAAUCAAUAUUCUUUUAUAUACUGAGUACUAACAAAAUGGUUUUGAAUUCAUAAUACUGCUAAUGUCUGUCUAUACAUUUUAGAUGUAUAUAAAUUAGGGGAAUGAAAUGUAUAGAUAUUCAUUAAAUAGAAGAGUACUUGAAAUUUUAAGAAUGUUAAAAAAUUGCUAAAGAAGAAAACCUAAAUGUCUAUGGAAGUGGUCAAUACUGACAGGUGGUUAAUAGCUUUUUCAUCUUCUGGAUCCCUAUGAAUACUUCCAGCAUAAUGUUAGAAUGAAUAUUAAAAAAAAAAAAAAAAAACAGGAUUUGUCAAAACACACUAUUAAGAAACUUGGAGCUAUCAAAGUAAAGCUAAUUAAUCAUGAAGAUUUGAUUGAGUCUGUAAGGCAGUCAGAGUCCAUAUCAAAAAAAUUAAAAUAUGAUCUUUACUCUGGAUUCUGUAACUUAUGUCCUGUCCUAAGUCACAGGAUGACUAUUUAGAAAAUCUUUUGAUACCUAUAAGAUCAAAUGAAAUUCAGCAUCUUAGAUUAGUCACCUGAUAUGUAAACUAAGAUGUAAAUUCUUAAUUUUUAUUGUUUCCUUGUUUUAUUCCCUUGUCCAGUUCUAGACUCAUUUACAUAUAACAGUUCUGUUUUUCUUAGGUAUACUUUUGUCCUUCUGGAUUAUCCUUUACAUCUUUCAUGGCAUUUAAAAAUUUAGGAUUUUAUCGAAAUUAGCAUGUUUCACUGAAUAAUUUUGAUAGUUAAUUUUAGUACUUUUGUUUCCCUGAAUAGUCAUUUAAGAAUUUUUGGACUCUUAAUUUGAUAAUCCAUGUUAUAAACUUAUAUAUAUAAUGUCUCAAAUUUAGCAGUGGUAUCUUUCGUAUUAUAUAGAUUUUUUCAUCUCAAAUUUAGUUGCAUUUUUCAUUUUCAUAGUCAUAUAGAUGUUUCAUAUUCUUGCCUUAGCAUGUUUUAAAUAGUUCUGGACCAAAAUAAGUCAGUAUUGUGAGUGUAUUUUAAAUAACCAACAUCUCUCUCCUUUAAAAUCCUUGAUGUGACAAAUGGCAAAACAAGUCUGAAAUUGAGUAGACACCUUCCAUUCUUUGCUGCUUUUAUUAAAUGCAUGUGCUUUUUUUUUUUUUUUUUUUAAAGUAUUUUGCUUUGUACGAUUUGAGUUAAAAUGCUCUUAAAAUAAUAUGAACCCAUUUAGGAUGCAGAUGUUAAAUGUCAUUAGAAACGAAAAUAAGAGGGCUUGGGGGCAUGACUCAGUUACAGAGUACUUACCUUAAAGGUCCUGGGUUCUAACCUCAGGAAAACAAACAGAAGCUUAACAAAAAGGAAAAGUGUUGUUAUAUUCCUUGAAGUCAAUUUUUAUGGAUUGGUGUCUUGGAAGGACAGUCAUAUUACAAGUGGCUAACUUUUACUUUUGGUAGAAAGAAGCCACUAUUGUUUAAUAUCACAAUAUAGAUAAACAAUUUUCAUGAAGUUAAUGGUUUAGUAAUCAAAACGUGGCAUCCAACUCAUUUUUUCUUUUCUCCACCCAUUAUUAAAAUGAUUUAUAUACAGAA